AUGGAAAGUCUUGAGCUUGUGGACCGUCCUGGUAAUGAUAUUUCUAUCAGUUCUAUUGAGCUUUGGUACUUUUCACGCAAGGAAGCUAUUGCUAUUAUCAUUUUUCUGGCUAUAUAUAAGUGCCCUGGCCUCAGAAAUCUUAUAUCUCAUGUAUGGAUUUCAGUCCAAGAGCGUGACUGCAGACUAAAACAUCUUGAAUAUUUCUACCGCUCCCUUUCUGAAGCACAGUAUGGCUUGAAAGUUGGGGUUCUUAUCUUUUCAUCUCUGAAGGAUUGUGUGCUUUUUAUCAAGAGAUCAGGAAGAUUUAAUAAUGAAAACAGCUGGGAAUGUCCUGGUGGGACUGUAGAGCAGAGUAAUGAGUCUAUUAUAUAUAUUACUGUUUAUAAGUGUCAUGAGAAGACCCAACUUUAUAUUUCUAUAGAAAGAAACCGGAAAGUACAUAUGUUUAUAUUUAUUGUGAACGUGUAUGACAACAAGCAGCCUGAGCAACAGUUGAGAAUGGUAAUACUCAAUCCUGCCGAGCACCAACAAUUCCAGUGGGCGAUGCUAAUGGAGAUAGAAAGAAUGGGCGAGGCUCUGUUUCUUCCUAAAAAGCUGAAAGGCAUCAUACUGGAUGCUUUUGAAUUUCUGGGUACUCCAGGCUGUUAAGAGGGCGAUCAAGUGCUAUGUAGGGGCGUGGUCUUCUUUUUUCUCUAUUUAAUGCAAAGGACUUUUUUACUUCCACCUUAUUUGAAGUUACAAAAUAGGGAUUCAAUGGAUCUGUGCCAAAUGGAGGUGAGUACUCGAGGCAAGGCCGAAAGUUUGUAGAUAUAAUCAUGUUGGCUUAAGUCAUCCAGUUAGUGUUCUGGACUCCCUGUGUGACAAAGGUGUAGUAUUCAGUUAAUAGACAGUGCUAUUACCAAUUCCGUCCUGUUGAAUCCAACUUGCCAAUAACCGUCAAAUUGAUUGCAUAGACUGGCCAGAUACAGCGGUCUUCAUUAGAAGACAUAGCGACCUGCCUAGAUACGGAUAGGAUCGUCCUUCUGACUGGUGGGGUGAGAAUGACUGGCUUAUCUUAUGAUUUAUGGUUGUCUGUGCUUGGAUAUGCAACUAUGUUUUAC